GCAACAAACGACCGGUCAAGGAAAGGAAACAAGUAUCUCCCAGUCGACGCUGCCUUUUUAUUUCCUUCUCCUCGUCGCGAUCGCGACGCCCAAACGUAUCCAAAGUUCGUUGCCAACACGCCUCCUUUUCUUCUUCUUCUUCGGAGUCUUCCUCGCCCCUCGAGCAUUGCUGGAUCCAGAUCCAGCCCCGCCUCCCCUCGAACAUUCGUCCCUGUUCGACUCCCCAUGACCGAUCUCAUCGGGGCCGUUUCAUGCCCGUCCCCGCUUUCCUGGAUCCGAGGAUUUUUGAAGGGGAGGGGCAUGCUGGUCUGAUCCGAGAUCGAGCGAUCCACGAUGGGCGGUAGCGGUUAUGUGACGGAGAGGGUCGCCGAAGCAGCCGGUGCAAAGGUAGAUGGGGGGCAGGGCGGGAACGAGGAGCAGCCCCCCAGCUCUUUGGCGGAGGGAUCGUGUGAUGGCGGCGCAUCGGAAGGGGCAGAGGCUGUUGCUGUGCCAUUGAUAAUACCUGGGGAGGGGUUGGACAGAGACUCCGUGCCCCAGCCGUUGAUGCAGGUAUCUCCUUACGUUCGCCAGAGGAGCGCCGUUAUUGGUAUUGUGGAAGGGCUCGCCAGUGGCAAAAGGUACGUUCCUUUCGACGUGCAGAAUGGACUCCAUGCCAGCCAGUCGAUGCUGAAGCUCGAAGAAUUAGAAAGGGCGGCAGAGAGCUCUGUUUCCACGAUCGUUGUGUUAAAGACAUUGUUUUAUAUCUCUGUCUGGUAUACAUUCAGUACUUGCCUGACAUUAUACAAUAAGACACUUUUAGGGGAUAAAUUAGGGAAAUUUCCAGCGCCAUUAUUGAUGAAUACCUUUCAUUUCACACUGCAAGCUGUUUUAUCGAAGAUCGUUGUGUGCAUACAGUCCAGAGGGGGUGAUGUCGGAGCUACAAUGACAUGGAAAGAUUACUUCAGCAAAGUUGUGCCAACAGCUCUUGGAACUGCUUUGGACAUAAACUUGAGCAAUGUUUCUCUUGUUUUCAUAUCGGUGACAUUUGCUACAAUGUGUAAAUCUGCCUCUCCAAUAUUUCUUCUCCUUUUUGCUUUUGCAUUUAGGUUGGAGACUCCUAGUAUAAAGCUUCUGUUAAUCAUAAUAAUCAUAUCCUUUGGAAUUCUGUUAACAGUUGCCAAGGAGACUGAGUUUCAGUUCUGGGGAUUUAUAUUUGUUAUGUUUGCUGCUGUUAUGAGUGGCUUUCGCUGGUCCAUGACUCAAAUUCUUUUGCAGAAAGAAUCCUAUGGCUUAAAGAAUCCAAUUACUUUGAUGAGUUAUGUUACUCCUGCGAUGGCAGUAGUAACUUUAAUACUCUCCCUCGUGAUAGAUCCCUGGCAUGAUUUUGACACAAAUGUUUACUUUGAUAACUCAUGGCAUGUUAUCCGGAGCUGUCUCUUGAUGCUUACUGGAGGAGCACUGGCAUUUUUUAUGGUAUUGACUGAAUAUAUUCUCAUUUCAGCAACCAGUGCUGUCACUGUAUCCAUAGCCGGCGUCGUGAAGGAAGCUGUUACUAUUGUGGUUGCAGUGUUUUACUUUCAUGACCCCUUUACUUUGUUAAAGGGAGUUGGACUUCUCAUAAUCAUUAUUGGCGUCAGUUUAUUCAACUGGUACAAAUAUGAAAAAAUGAAGGGUCAGCUGAGAGAAAAUGAUGAUGUUGUUUCUUCAAGUCCUAAUGGAGCAGCAAAAUAUGUCAUCCUCGAUGACAUGGAACUUCCAUACGACGAAACUUGAUUCACAACAACACCUGAUGCAUCCAUAUUUUAAGCAGAGGAGGCAUCAGUGCUUUUCCAAAUUCUUACGGAUAUACUUGUCUGCAAUUUUGUUGGUUGCUAUUUUGAUUCUUUGACAUCGCGCACGACUGAAAUUUUCCUAGAAAAUGAAUGAGGAAUGCGUGCUAUUGUUUGGCUUGCAUUGUUCAUUUUGAUCUUACAUACAAUCAUGGACUUUCUUCAUCAAACUGUGAAGAUUCAGAGAUUGCAAUCAGGCGGAAAGAAAGUUCAUGAACAGUGACAAUUCAAAAUGAAAGAUGCCUUAGCCGGUUUUUUUUAUCAUAGUGUGUGGGUAAUAUUGUAAAUGAUCAAGUUUCUCAUGCUAGAUUCAUUUGUUCAAUUUUGUAUUUAUGGAAUACAUCAAUUCAUCCUAUAAGAUCAGCCUUUUCUUUCUAAUGAACAAAAGUACGAGCAUUUAUACCAAUUUGGUUUGUAAUUUUUUUUCAGUGGAAGUAAAGAUGUGCAAAAGAUAUCUUAAGUA